CGUAAUGCCUCGAGCAGAAGCAGGGUCAGCGAAAGCCAUUGGCAAUGCCAUCAAGGCAAAGGGCCUGACGAAGCUGCGCUUCUACUGCCAGAUCUGCCAAAAGGCGUGCCGGGACGAGAAUGGGUACAAGUGCCACAUUGAGUCGGAGGCGCACAUGCGCCAGAUGGCUGCCAUCGGGCCAAAUGCCGCCAAGACGAUUGACAACUUCAGCAGGGAGUUCCAAGACGGCUUUGUGCAGCUCCUCAGUCGCAGAUUUGGCACGAGGAGAAUCAAGGCGAAUCAGGUAUACCAGGAGUACAUUGCCGAGCGGCAUCACACACACAUGAAUGCCACUAGAUGGGUCUCGCUCUCGGAGUUUGUCAAGCACCUCGGGCGGGAGGGAAUUGCACACGUCGAAGAGAUGAACAACGGGAGCGAGUACGGCUGGUACAUCUCAUGGAUCGACAAUUCCCCCGCGGCGCUCAAGCGGCAGGAUGCACUGCAGAAGAUGGAGAGAGCCAAGGUGGACGAGGAGGGGCGAGCGAGGAAGUUCUUGAAGGAGCAGAUCGAGAGGGCGAAGGAGGAGGAAGAGAGGAAGAAGAAGGCAAGCGAGAGCGAAGACAAGCCAACGGCUGAAGAGGGGCUGCAGAAGGGCGAGGAGAGGAAGCCGAUCAAACUCGGCAUUAGUUUGGGAUCGUCCUCGUCCUUGACACCGUCUGCUGGUGCUGCAUCAGCCUCUGGCUCAACUUCGACUGUACAGAAGCCAGUGACUACAGCGCCAACGGCCUCUCCGUCACCCUUCAAGCUCGGCAACAACCCUCUCAAAAUGAAGGUCGACCCUUCCGCAUCAUCAUCGUCUAAGCCCAUCAAUCCUCUCAAGAUGGCCUCAUCUUCGUCGACGUCCGCAAAAUCCAGCAGCAGCAGCAGCAGCAGCAAGCCUCCCUCGCACGCGACGAUGGCUGAGCGUAUCAUGCAGGAAGAGCAAGAGCGCAAGGACAAACGCAAACUCAUGGGUCCUCAACCCAGUGCAAAGCGAAUGCGACUGUAG